AUGUCCGGCUAUUCGACGUCCAUUUGCUGCGCCAUCUGCGGCGCUCCAACAUCCAGUCACUCAACCGAGCCAGCCGUUGAUUAUUUGUCUGAGCCCAGCAUUGACUCUAAUGACGACAGCGGCUGGCUGGACAAUGUCAGUCUCAUCACACAACACCACAAGUCAGGAAGGGUCUUCAUUGUGCCUCGUGCCGAACAGGAGGAAGCAAACGACUUCAAUGUCGAUUUUGAUGAGAAUACCAGGAUAGUUCGCAAAGAUGUCAACAUGAUGACGGUAUAUGAUGUCGGAGGUCAAGACCCCUUGGUAUUUCCUUUCCAUGCAGACUGUUACGAACUUCUUGGAAAGGUCGUCAAACCGCAGAAGAUUGACAACGCAGCCCUUUACCGAGUUUUAACAUCUCAUCUUCCAAGGCUCCCCUACGGGCCACCAAAUGCCUUGGACUUUAACUACGGCAGACUGAAAAGAUAUCAGAGCGAUGAGUGGGAUACUGCCCCAGGAAUGGAGUACGCAGUCGCAUCGCCAAUUUCCAUCGAGAACGUCGCCUCCGUUGUUGAGAGCGUUUUGAGGAAAGCUAACAAUUCGAAUGUACCCGACAAUCGAUCAACCCAUAACGUCCCAAGUGGGCCAUGUUCUGAUCGUGGACGUUCCCAAAACGUCCCGACUGACCCGUAUCAGUCCUAUAGAACCGGUCCGUAUCACAAUUAUCAAGGAACAAGCUCGCGAUAUGAAAACAAACAAGCAGCUCUGCACGCAAAUCACCAAGGGCCACAACGAAACCAACGAAAGAGGCAGAAUCGACAGAAUGGACUGAAUAGAUGUUCUAUACAGAGAGAUAUUUCUGACACGGAAUGGGAAAAUAAGUUUACCACGGAAUUUGCCUGGAUACGCGAGUUUCUUCCAUCCAAGGAAGAGAUCGAGCGGCGUCACAUUGAUAGGUUCUUGUUUUGCAAAGCCAUCUUUGACCUAGGCGGUGGCCGGGGAUUCAAUACUCCUGACUACCGAGAUGCGCUGCGGGCCUUGCAUAAUCGCCGCCGACUCUGGGAAUUAUGUUCGAAGAUCGUAGAGGAGUAUCUGCCUCUCUCCCAACAGCGCAGCGCACAAGAGCCUGAGGCAAACUCCCCACCCGAUAUCACGAGAUCCAGGACGACCAACUCAGUACCUACGAGCACGCCCUCGACAAUAGACUUCUUCAGGAAGCCUAUCAAGGGUAGCAGACCUUGGCCCUGUGAGCCACACGAGCUGAGGAACAAGUCACGGAUCGGAGCAUCUUCCAUGGAGACUCUGACUCUUGCAGCCCGUGGUAGCGAUCUGUAUAAUGCGAUCCGUUUCGGGCUCGACGCUAAUAUGCAACGAUUCGAGAUUCACUUUGAGGAAGAUGGGCGAAAAUGGAGUCAUUGCAUUGGUCCCCGCAGCACGGCCAUGCAGUACCUCUACUUCGACAAGUCAUCGGCCGUCCCUGACAGAAUUACAGGUUGUUGUGUGACUAUGAAGCAAAAUGUCCCCAGUGGUUUACGGGCUAUCAGCCAAAGUCAGGCGAUCACUGCUGGAAAGCCUGAAGAGCAUGAGAUGAAGUAUCCUCCUCAAACGAAUUGGGGCGGCUGA